AUGGUCCUGCACAACCCUAAUAACUGGCAUUGGGUCAACAAGGAUGUCUCUGCCUGGGCCAAGGAAUGGUUUGAGGAGAACCUCCUGCAGCUGGAAGCCGAGAAUGGAGACGUCAAGGCCAAUAUCAGCAAGAUUCAGUCUAUGGAUGGUGAUGUUGAUGUCAGCCAACGCAAAGGCAAGGUUAUCACCAUCUUCGACGUGAAGCUUGUUCUCGAGUACUCUGGCUCUGCUCCCGAUGCUGACGACGUUUCGGGCACCAUCACCGUACCCGAGAUCGCCCACGAUACCGAGGAAGAUGAGUAUGUUUUCGAUAUUGACGUCUUCGCCGAAUCGAAAGAAAAGCAACCCAUCAGGGAUCUCGUGCGUACGAAGCUAGUCCCCGAGCUCCGUAAGGCGUUCCAAAAGCUUGCCCCUGCUCUCAUCGCCGAGCAUGGUAGAGACAUUCAGCACGCCGCCGGCUCCAACCCUUCCAGUGGCUUCUCCACACCGAAAACGUACAACCCGCCAGGCAGUGAGAACAAGCCUGCAUCCACUGCUGCCUCAAAGACUAGUGCUGGAGGUGUCGUGAAUACCACGACUGUCACCGAUAACGAAGAAUUCCGUACGACUGCCGAGGAGCUGUAUCAGACCUUCAUUGAUCCUCAGCGUAUUGCUGCCUUCACGCGUUCGCCUCCCAAGGUCUUUGACGGCGCCAAGCAGGGCGGCAAGUUUGAGCUCUUUGGCGGAAACGUCUCGGGCGAAUACGUUGAGCUUGAGCAAAACAAGAAGGUUGUCCAGAAAUGGAGACUGGCUCAGUGGCCUGCGUCGCACUUCUCGACGCUGAAGAUUGAGUUUGACCAAAAUGAUGUCGACCAUGUUACCGUCAUGAGAGUUACCUGGGAUGGUGUCCCCGUUGGCCAAGAGGAAGUUACCAAGCGAAACUGGCUUGAGUACUAUGUCAAGAGUAUCAAGACCACUUUUGGUUUCGGUACCAUUCUGUAA